AUGGCGUGGGUUCUGUCGAGCUACCGCAGGGCACGGUGGCUAUGGCUUCUACCGGAUCUCGGCGCAGAUACCAAACGCAUGGCUAGAGGGCUGCAGACCUUCAUCGUUAGCCAUUAUGCGUUCCAUGCGGGGGCAGAAGCAAUGGUGAAAUACGUAACGCACACGUUGUAUUAUAAGUUCAUGCUUGAGCUGUGGGAUACAUCGCACGAGCAGCUGCAGAGUGGCAAAUAUUACGGGCACGAGUUCAGCCGGUAUGGUCCUGAGGCUCUUAACAGGAGCGCUUUGUGCAAGGAGCAGCGUCGCAUGGCUCUUGUCAUUCUCAAAAUACGCAGCCAGCGAAAUCGAGGGAAAGGCCCAGCGGUGCGAUGCGUGAUGUUCAUGCUACAGAUUUUGGAGAGCUUGGCGCGUAGCUAUGUAAAGCUCUCAAGGAGAAAGGCACCACAUGCUGGAAUGGAGACAGUGGGGCUCCAGAAGGCUUACCUGCAGAUCUAUGAAAGGCGAACGAAAACGUUCAAUGACAAAUACAUGGUGGAGAUAUGCAACAUCCUAAGGCGACAUGAAAACAGCGUCAAGGCCCUGGAACUCAUGAUCAAGGAGACAUUAAAAUUCCUACAAUCUCUAGACUGGAAGAGCUUGCACCUCAAUCAAAAGGAUUGUGAUGAGCUAGCGAGUUACCGCAAAUUUAUUCAGUGUUCAUUACUACUUACGGAUAACACUAGCCUGAUCGCAGGCUGCAGGUUGGUAAUUAGUAAGUGGCCAACAAAACCAUAA